AUGGAGGCAAUUGGGCUGACGGUCGGUCUUUUGGGACUGGCAGGUCUCUUCAGCCAGUGCAAGGACCUCCUCGAUCUCAUCGAAACCGGUCGGUCGUACGCAAGAGGACUCGAAGCACUGGAUACAAAGUUUGAGGCACAGAAGUUACGCUUUCAGAUCUGGGGCGAGGCUGUGGGCCUGGUUGGAGAUUUGACGCCUGACGAGAACCUGGCCCACGAUGAUGUUAGGCCUGUCGUCCAACGUAUCUUGAACAACAUGCGACUGCUAUUUGACGAUACGCAUAGAUUGAAAGGGACGUUUGGGCCCCGUCAAAUCAAUGAUCAAAACGCGCGUGAAGGGUUUGCCCAGCUGCUGCUCCGGCUUCGUCGGAGCCAGGAGGCUGCGAGCCUGUCGACAAAGGCGAGAUGGAGUGUAUCCAGGAAGGACAAAUUCCAAACCUUGGUGGAAGAGAUAAGAACUUUCAUGGACUCUCUUGAAAGUAUCACGAGCUCCUUGGAACAGCUCUCGAGAAGACGUAAUCUUCUCGAAAGGAAUAUCGCUGCCGCUCCGGAUGAAGCAAGUCUACGCGCAUUGCGUGAAGUCUCGUCAGAGAGUGGAAUAGUCGUGUCGGAUAGCGCAAGCUCGCGCUUCCUCCACUUGGACGACUUCAAUCACGAUCCUACUGAUUCUGUACCCGACGACUACUCGAGUUCACACGCAACGUACGUCUCCUGUCGUACACAUCCAAGAGAAAGCAUGGAUAUGGGCAGAGGAGAUCCUGCGAGCAUUACCUUGGCGCCGCCCGAGAUAGACCGUCAACUAACUCCUACGGGGUCCACUGAUGACUGCUUCUCGAGGGAAGAAGUAGUGUUACAGACGGAAAAGUUCAAGACCUUGUGGCAGAAUACGGGUAACAUCGCGCUCGAAGUGGUCACCGCCGGUGAUGAUUCUGCUCUCUCUGGACCUUUUCCUAAAAGGAUAAGAAAAGAAUUUGAAUCUGUAUCCAGGGGCAUCCGAGACAAUAAUAUGCCGAUGUCUUUCAUGACCAUCAACGGAAGCCUUGUGGACCUGCUUGGAGUCUUCAUGGGCCCAGCUUCCACGCCGUAUGAAGGGGGGAUCUUCUUCACACGCUGGACUUUCACACCUGGCUAUCCUUUCACGCCUCCCCUGGUCAAGUUCUUGACCAAGAUCUAUCACCCCAACAUCGAUCCACGUGGAGUAAUCUGCCUCGAUAUUCUGAACGAUAGCGGCUCGUCCGUUAGUCUGGGACUCGAGAAAACGCUUGUCUCGAUAAUCUCCAUUUUGGACGACCCUACCCUGGACGACCCCUUUGUCCCGCAGAUUGCGGAACAAUACCAAGCAAGGCGAGAAGAGUACGACAGGACCGCUCGUGCCUACACAAUGAGAUAUGCGACAGGAGACUUGCCUUCUUUCGAGCCCCAUGACGCUGCGUCACCCUGGUGGCAGGACGCUGAAAACUUGAGAAACGCUCUUGACGAGGCUGACUUAACCUGGUCCCGCCUCCUGCUUGUACCGUGCGAACCUCAAUCGGGCCAGACGACGAAAAGACUGGCUCGAGUUUAA